GCCCCUCCAAACGUCAUCUUAUUGUAGCUUGUGGGAGUUUCUCAAUUUGUUACUAUUUCCCAGUCGCCCCCCUUACAUUAUUAUUAUUACCAUUAUUAGUGUAAUAAUUUUUAUUUUUUUUUGCCACCAUCUUUCUGUAUGUAUAUAUAUAGAGUACUCAAUAUAACUUCUGCCAAAGGCAAAGCAAAAGCAAAAGCAAAAGCGACUCAAAUCUUCAAGAUUUUCCCUCUCAAAAUUUUUCUUUUCUCUGACGAAGGAAAACAGAAUUCAGGCAGCUAGCUGAGUCGUGUAUAUAUUACAUAUCUACCUACAGUACGAAUAGUACGCUAGAGUCAUGGUGUUUGUUUCCGAAGACGGAAGUAUUUCUCCGGCCAUGGAAACGCCGUUGUUAUUUAAAGAGGACGACGACAUGGUUGAAGGUAACGUGGAUUAUAAAGGCCGGCCGGUGAGGCGAUCAAAGUCCGGUGGAUGGUUAUCGGCUUCUUUCAUCAUAGGAGUGGAAAUGGCGGAGUACUUCGCGUAUUAUGGAAUAAGUGCAAAUUUAAUAACGUAUUUGACGGGCCCCCUUGGUCAAUCCACCGCCACGGCUGCGGAGAACGUCAAUGCUUGGUCGGGAACCUCCCAACUCCUUCCAUUAUUAGGUGCUUUUGUUGCCGAUACUUAUCUCGGCCGGUACCGGACGAUCAUCGUAGCUUCCGUUUUAUACAUCCUGGCACUUGGGCUCUUGACUCUUUCAGCUGUAAUUCCUUCAUUGGGUUCGUUUAAUUGCCAUAAUGCAUCAAAUAGUAGUAGCAUUCCAUGUCCUCCUCCUCAGAUUCAAGUCACAACGUUUUUCUUCUCGUUGUAUCUAAUGGCGAUCGCGCAAGGAAUGCAUAAGCCCUGUGUUCAUGCCUUUGGAGCUGAUCAAUUUGAUGGAUCCGAUAUCGAAGAAUGUAAAGCCAAAAGCUCGUUCUUCAACUGGUGUGGGGUCGGUACUUGUGUUGCCAUCACACUGACAAUAAUGAUCUUGACUUACAUUCAAGACUACUACAGUUGGGGUGUUGGAUUUGGAAUCCCCUGUUUGGUGAUGGUUUUCGCAUUGGUUUGGUUUCUGCUUGGUACUGUCACGUAUCGUUUCCACGUUAAAUGUGCUGAAACACAACCCGUUUCGCGUAUUGGUCGUGUAUUUGUGAAAGCGGUUAAGAAUUGGAGAAUCACUUCCUCUGCAUUGUGUAUGGAUAUGGAAAGUCAAGAUGUCCUGCCUUACUUAGGCUCUCAACAAUUCAAGUUUUUGGACAGGGCAUUGUUUGCACCGGAGGGUUCAAUGAGGGAAGGAAAAGUUUGUAGCAUAAGUGAGGUUGAAGAAGCAAAGGCAGUUCUAAGGCUAUUUCCAAUUUGGUUGUCCUGUUUGGUAUAUGGAAUUGUAUAUUCUCAGCCUCCAACUCUGUUUACCAAGCAAGGACUUACAAUGGACAGAUUCAUCACUCCAAAUUUCGAAGUUCCUGCUGCUUCUCUGCAGGUAUUUUCAAGCAUUACAGUGAUCAUCUUCCUCUGUGUCUACGACCGUGUUCUGGUUCCUGUCGCGAGAGCCAUAACCGGAAUACCUACCGGUAUAACAAUGCUGCAAAGAAUCGGAACAGGAAUAUUCUUCUCGAUUCUGUCUAUCUUAGUUGCUGCUCUGGUUGAAAGGAAGCGUCUUGAAAUCGCUCAAGAAAAAGGGUUAGUCGGAUAUCCGUUCCAAGUAGUACCAAUGAGUGUGGCUUGGUUGAUACCUCAAUAUCUGUUAUUGGGAGUUUCUCAGUCAUUCACCAUUACUGGUUUACAAGAGUUUUUCUACGAUCAGGUCCCUAGCGAUUUGAAAAGCAUCGGCCUCGCCCUAUACUUCACCAUAUUCGGCGUGGGAAGCUUCCUUAGUGGAAUUCUCAUCUCUGUGAUUGAGAGUGCCACAAGUGGAAAUGGAAAUGAAAGUUGGUUCUCUGAUAAUGUGGUUAAGGGUCACCUUGACUACUUCUAUUGGCUGCUUACCGGACUCAGCGCCGUGACAUUCAUAGCUUUCGUGUAUUUCGCAAAGGCCUAUCAUUACAGAUCCAGGUGCCAAACUUAUGUCUCUUAAAACCACAGUGAGUUUCAUCAACAUACCAAGAAAAUGUUGUAUACUAGAUUGUGCAGAAAAGCGAAAAAGAAGUAGGAUAGCGAUGCACCGCGAAAUUAAAGUAUUCGUUGUAGUGCGAAAUUCGUUUCCCUAAGUGUACAAUUUGGGGGGUUAGUUUUUUGUUCUCCAUCCCUAUGAUUAGUUUAUUUUUACCCUUGUACAUAAAGGAAUUUUAUCUGUUGUCAAUGGAUUAGAUGACUCAAGUCAUCUCUGCCAUUGCUUCCUCCUCUCUCUGGUCAUGUUGGUUUUUUGUAUCAUAUCAUGUUAAGAGAGAGGAUACAAAAUUCAGACGUAUAAUUCAAUAUUAUUGUUCCACAAUUUUGCCUUCUGAUAUUUUUCAUCACUUCAGUGUCAUUUCCUAGGUUUCCCUUUCACAUAUUUCUUCUCCUAAAAGGAAGUUUAGUCGAAAAGACGAUGAAUGCUAAUGUGAUUCACACAAUGAGGUUCCC